AUGUCCGAUACACCCACACUCGCAGAUUCUCCAUUCGACCAGCUCUCGGCGGACAUCAUCCUCCGCAGCGCAGACCACGUCGACUUCCACGCCCACCGCGUUAUCCUCGCUCAGGCAUCCCCCUUCUUCGCCGACAUGUUCUCCCUCCCCAGCGAUCCCCACCCGACGAGGGUGCACUCCGGUUGUCGAGAUGUCGAGGACAGCAAGACGCUCCAUCGGCUCCUCCUCCUCUGCUACCCCGUCGAUAAGCAGGAGCUCGAGUCGGUCAUCGACAUCGCCCCCGUCCUCGCGGCGGCGCGCAAGUUCGACAUGGAGUGGCCGGUCAGGCUCCUCACGCGCGACCUGGCCGACUCCAUCUCCCGCUCACCGCUUCACGUGUGGUCAUGCGCAUGUCGGAGUGGGCUCGAGGACGUCGCGCGCCUGGCCGCAGCGGAGAUCAAGCGUCGCGUGUCCUCAAAAGUGGGCAAGACGGAGGAUCCUGACCCGAGCAUCGCGCUGCUCCUGCGCUGCGCGCUGCUUGGAGGAGGAAGGGCGACGGACGUUCUCCAGGGGCAGGGCACCUACACCCUCGAUGCGCCCUAUACCGCGGUCGUCGACAUCCUCGCGCUCUGCUACCGCGGCAAGAGCGACGCAUCUAGCUGCACCGACGUUGAAGGCAUCGCACGCGCGCUAGCCGCGUGCGGGGGCCCGGUGGACGCGCAGAUGCUCGACGCUCCUCGGCAGCUUUGGGAGCAGUGUGUCGAGAUCGACCCUUUGGGAGCGUACCUCGCGGCGGCGAAGCAAGGCUUGGGGAAGAGGACAUCCGAGCGGCGGCACGCAAGACCCUCGCAUCCCUCUCCUUGGAUUUUACACGGGCGGUUGGAGCAUGCCGAGGCGACGGUGUACGAGCGACUCCUGAAAUACCAUCAUGACGCCUCUGUGGCUGUCGUUGAUGUUCUCACGUAUGUGGGCGAGAAGUGGGGCAGCACAAUGCUGGGUACACGGCGUCUCAAGGAUGCUACGCGCAAGUUAUCUUUAGGACAGCACGCUCCAGGGAUGACAUUGGAAGCGAUGGGCAUUGACACAGCGACACUCACCGAGGGGGCGCUGCAGCAGUGGGGUACCGGUUUCCACGACGGCGUUCGAAAGGCGUUGAAAGAAGUCGAGAGCACAUUGCAACCCAGAAUCCGUAAUGUGUUGAAUGUGUCGCGGCUCGCGCUGUGA